ACUCUGGCAGCAUGUAACCAGUGCAAUCGGCAAAGAAGACCAGCACAAGGCCACUCAAGAAAAGUUUGUGUUGGAAGAGGAACAGAGAAAUGUAGCACGAGAACGGAAGGAAAACGGAACAGAGUGGAACCCCUUGCUUUUUUGGCACAAUGCUACCACAAAUGAAUGGCACUACAAAUAUGAAGAUUUAAGUCCUUGGGAUCCUUUAAAUGAUAUCGCCCAGUAUGAGAAGGACGGCGUACUUCAAACCAUGCAGAGGCACUUACCCAACAGAAUGUCAACUCACAAGAACAUGUGCAUCGGUAACCAAGUAGCACGACACAAGAGUCGACACCGCAAAGCCAGUGAUCAACCCUCCAACAACAGCCAGAACACCACCGAAAGUAGCUGUUCAACGCCCGAGUCUGUGCAGGAACUCUCAGAUGAUGAAGGC